AUGUCGCUGCCAGGCAGGAUCAUUAUACCAGGUCUGAUCAACACGCAUGCCCACCUGGCUCAAUCGCUGCUUCGUGGACUUGCUGAAGACCUGCCAUUACACAGCUGGCUCUGCGAUCGUAUAUGGCCAUUGGAGGCGGCAUAUGGGGGACAAGGAGACACAGCGGACGGCUAUAUUGCUGCACGUACCACCAUUGCUGAGAUGCUUCUCAGUGGAACAACAUGUUUUCUGGAGGCUAUGCUGACGCAUGGUAGCGGAAUUGACAACGUUGUGCGAGCAGUGUCUGAGAUGGGGAUCCGAGCAUGUCUGGGCAAGCUGGUCAAAUUUGUCGAAACGAAUCCGGCACUCAAAAUAAAGGAUGCACGUGAUAAAGAUCUCUCUUCAAUGUCUAUCGAGUCUUUGCUUUCUGCGCAUGCCACCUUUCAUGGUGGCAGUAAUGAUAGGAUACACGUAUGGGCGGCAUGUGGCACUCCGCGAGGCGCUCCGCUUGCGUCUUUCGCCGAGGUAGGCCGUGCAUGUCGCGCCCACGAUAUCGGAAUCACGAUGCACUGUGCCGAAGCACCCCGGGAUUUGCCAAUCUUUCGUGAAGUCUACGAGGGGCGAACUCCGAUGCAAUUUUGCCGCGAUGCGGAGCUGGCAGGGCACAAGACGAUUCUAGCGCACAUGUGUCACCUCGACCUCGAGGCUGACAUUCCGAUAUUACAGGAGAGCAACACGACUGUGGCUCAUAAUCCGACAAGCAACCUGAAGCUUGCAUCCGGGAUCGCAAACAUUCCACGUAUGCUGGAGGCAGGCGUCAACGUGGCCUUGGGCACUGAUGGAGCGCCGUGCAACAAUUCAUAUGAUAUGCUUCGUGAAAUGCACCUGGCUUCCAUCGUCCACAAAGGGGCCAUGCUGGAUGCCACAGUUGUUGGCGCUCAGGAAGCCCUGGAAAUGGCCACAAUAUGCGGCGCAAAAGCGCUAGGCCUUGACCAAGACAUUGGUAGCAUUGAAGUGGGCAAGAAGGCUGACUUGGUCGUCUUGGAUGUUGCCAAGGUGUGGGCGGCACCUUGGGACCCAGACGCCACCUGGGGAAUGGACCCAGUCAGCUUGGUAGUGGGAUGCUGUACAGGAAGGGAUGUGACACAUGUCAUGAUCGACGGCUCCUUUAUGGUUGAGGACGGCAGUCUUUGUUCUAUAAACGAAGAUGAAAUAAUCCUCGCUGCAAGGACGGCAAUCAGAGGUAUCCAGCAGCGUAGUGGAGUUAAAGUAAACUCAGAUCUGCCUGAUGGACAUAAAACAUGA